AUGGCCAAGUGCGACAUCUGCUGGACAUUUCCCUGUAAGAACAACGCCACCUGUCGCCGGAGAGGCCUCGACAGCUACGAGUGCAAGUGCACGCCGGGAUACCACGGCGAUCAAUGCGAGAAUGUUAUUGACGCUUGCUAUGGCAAUCCGUGCGAAAACAACGGACUCUGCAAUGUACUAGAGCAAGGUCGCUUCAGGAAUCUGCUAUUUAACCCGUUCAACUGCAACUGUCACCUGAGCUGGCUACCCGAAUGGCUACGCCAGCGCCACAUAGUGACCGGAAAUCCACGAUGCGAGAGCCCACGUGAGCUCAAGGACAUGCCGCUAAAGGAAAUCUUUAUGCAGAAUCUGACAUGCAGCCGAAACAUGGAGAACGCAUGCGCACCGGAGUCUUCGUGUCCUGCAGGCUGUUCCUGUGUUGGUACUGUAGUGAGAUGCAGCCGCGCUAGUCUCACUCACUUCCCCGAGGAUAUACCUCUGGCCACGACCGAGCUAUACCUCGACGGAAACCUGCUAGAUGCGAUUCCCGGCUACGCCGGAUCCCUGAAGAAUCUCGUGCGCAUAGAUCUCAGCAACAAUUUAUUAGGCAGAAUUCCGGACAACUGUUUCACCAAUCUCACGAAACUUCAGACUCUGAUUCUGAGUUUCAACAAGCUACAGUGCAUCUCUCCGACCAGCUUCGCUGGGCUGAGGUCGCUACGCAUCCUCUCCCUGCACAGAAACGACAUCUCCUUGAUACCAGAGGGCGCCUUUGACGAUCUGGUCGCUCUGACACAUAUUGCUCUCGGUGGACAACACUCUGUGUGCGACUGUCGCUUGAGCUUGGCUGUCAGAGCUCAUCAAGAAGAGAUUCUCGGCGCCUGGGAAUCGCCUCGUGCAGCGGUCCCUGCGUCUAUGACCGACAAACAUCUGCUUACGACCCCGACUAGAGACUGUUCUCGUGUGCGUCGAGAUCUUGUCGUAUCCAUCAAAUACCACGAUCGCACUUCCAUAUUUCCUGGACACGCUGCCAUCACUGUCAGGAAAGAACGGGUUGCUGCCUGCAAGGGCUGUGAGGGUAGUGAUCGACAUCUUUCAUGUCUCUUGUCGUGUCUUGCUUUAGACAUAUCCUUGUUCUGUUCGCCCAAGUUAAACAGAACUCCGCGUGAGCUCUUGCAUUGUGUCAUUGGUCUCGGCGCAGGCGAUGCGAACAACGCCACGGUAAUGGCCAAGUUCGACCUCUGCUGGACAUUUCCCUGUAAGAACAACGCCACUGUGCCGGAGAGGCGCGACAGCUACGAGUGCAAGUGCACGCCGGGAUACCACGGCGAUCAAUGCGAGAAUGUUAUUGACGCUUGCUAUGGCAAUCCGUGCGAAAACAACGGACUCUGCAAUGUACUAGAGCAAGGUCGCUUCAGUUGUCAGUGUCCGGGCGGGUUUGAAGGCGACCGCUGUGAGACGAACAUAGACGAUUGCGUCGGCAACAACUGCGAGAACAACUCCACCUGUCGGGAUCUGGUCGUCGACUACGAGUGCGUGUGCACGCCGGGAUAUACAGGUCAGUUCUGUAGCGACAGGAUCGACUACUGCUCAGAAAGUUUCAACCCGUGCGAAAAUGGCGCAACGUGUGUCANCUUAAAUAUUAUAAUUGUCUGGUGCGUCUGUCCCAGCGGAUAUACGGGCGUCAACUGCUCGGUUAACAUUAACGACUGCGAGGGCCACAGCUGUCAGAACGGAGCCACCUGUGUAGACGGUCUCAGUGCUUACACGUGCGAGUGCGCCGACGGAUUCGCAGGCACUUACUGCGAGAUCUCACUCGUCGUGCCCAUGAUAGACUCGAUGGCGAGUAUAUGCGAGAAGGAAGACUGCCAGAACGGCGUCUGCUACAAAAAGGAAGCCACGGAGGGCUACCAGUGCAAGUGCACACCCGGCUUCGAGGGCAAAGCGUGCGACACCUUGCGUUCAGUUACCUUUAAGGGUAAGAAUAGCCACGCGGAGUUCCCUCCGCUGAACCUCAACCCGUCGGUGAACGUCACCGUGGUGUUCGCGACCAGCGAGGAGAACGGCGUCAUCGUCUACAUGGGCGACCAAUCACACAUCGCCGCCGAGCUGUUCCGCGGUCGCAUCCGCAUCAGCUACGAUGUCGGCAACUACCCCGUGUCAACGAUGUUCAGCUACGAACAGGUUAGUGACGGCAAGUACCACACGGUGGAGCUGAUAUCGAACGGCAAGAACUUCACAUUGCGCAUCGAUGGCGGCCAGGCGCGUACGAUCAUGAACGAAGGAGAACGAGACUACGCCGAGAUCAGUACACCGCUGUUCUUCGGCGGUCUGCCGGAGUCUGCGCAGGCGCGCGCUCUCAGUCAGUGGCACAUACGCAACGGCUCGAGCUUUCAUGGCUGCGUGAAGCGCGUCUUUAUCAACGGAGAGCCGAGAGACUUUCUCAAGGCCACCAACCAGCAUCUCAUGGCUCCCGGAUGUCCGCUGCACGACGGUGGCGGCCCCUGCGAGCGAAACAAGUGCAGCAAUGGCGGCACGUGCGUCGUGUCGGGCGACAACAUGGAGUAUACGUGCAAGUGCAAGCGUGGCUACGGCGGAAAGUUCUGCGACAUAGGGCCGACGUGCCACAAAGAUCAAGUGAAGCAGUAUCACCAGGAGAACGACUGCAAGUCGACGAAGAAGGUGAAGUUAGCCGAGUGUAAGGGAUCAUGCGGCAACGGCUGCUGCAAGCCGGUCAAGUCGAAGCUACGGCGUGUGCGCAUGGCGUGCACUAACGGCACGCGCUACACGAAGCGUCUGCAGGUCAUCAGGAAAUGCGGCUGCCAGGACUGCACGAACUGAUGACGCGCUGCCCUGCGAAGAACGCGGCCGAUAGGUGGCGCUGCUGAACGCGGCCGCUACGUGGCGCUGCGGUGCCGAGUAGAGGAGGCGCCACGAUCGUUCGAGAUAUUACUGGAGAUGAUAGUUAGGGAGUGAAUUUGACGUUCUAAGACUAUAACUUACCUCUUCGUACGUGGUGUGGCUGCGUCUAGGCGCGACACUGCCUUAAUAUUCUGAUUUUGUGAAUUGUACCUUAUGUCACGAACUACUGCAAUAUUCUUUGUGUUUCACUCGUGUCGUUUCGUUAGCUGAUUGCCCUCACUGACAAACCAGUGGCAAUCGUGUAAGACAACUAUCUUAAGCAACACGUUAAUAUGACGAGUGCAUAUAUAACAGGAAUUGGUAUGUCUAAAUAUUGCUAGUUCAUAAUACGUGCAUGCAUAAUACGCCAUGUCUUCCCGUCACAGAUAUGUGCACUGUUAGCUUCUCAGUGCACCCGCGUGUUUCUGAUAAUCAGCGGACAAACAAAGCCCUACACAAUAUAUAAUUAUACAAAAUACGUGAGGAAUGGGCGUACGAAAUUUGCCCCCAUAUUCACGUCUACAAUACGUCAUCGUCGGCAAAUCAAUAGAUGGUGAAUUGAUGACAUUUUCCCGCGCAUUUCAAUCGGCGCUUUAUGAACAGCUUAUCGUGAUUCCGCUACGUCCGUACAUGUAAGCAGUACUCGGAUGAUUCAGAGUCAAGAGAUCCGCGGGAUGACUACAAGUAUUGAGAUAGGUUGGCACUAUAAAUACCGUGUAUGCGAUAUAAGUGGGUAGCUGUUGGGUAGGGGCGUGCGCCCGCAGUGUAUAUAAACAGCAUGAGCGUUGAGCUUUUAAGGUAAUUGUUAAUGUUCUAGAUUCCUGUCACUGGCGAUCACUAUCGUGUGUUUUUGAGAUUGGAACCGAGAGAGGACGUAGUGAGGGGUAGCGAGGAGGAUACUUUUAAUUAUAUAUAAUAUACAUGUGAUCCCACAUAUUUAUUCAUUCUGUCAAUACGAUGCCGCGCGUAUAUAGGUGACGACGUUUAUUGUCAAUGUGACACAAUGUGACACUCGUGCGCGCGCACCGGGCGACACAUUGUAGCUCUAUUGUGUACAUUUGUAUAUGACUGUUUUGUACUAAGAGAAUCGGCAGCUCUCUGCGGCCACUAACAUGUACUACGAUCGGAAUCGAAAUUUUCCAGUUGAUUUGCUUGUUGAUAUUUUUUGUUUCGUGAGUUUAUUGCCUAUAUAGGCAUAUAGAUAUAUCCUGUCUUCGUUGAUAUUAAUGAGUACUAUUUGGCAUGAAGAGGGCCAUGCAGUCGCAGGUAGUAAAUUAUAUUGGUCGAUAUUAAACGCGAAAAAUGUUUGUUUGCGCCAGUGAAACAUGCUUAAUUUGUAGAUGCGGUAUAUGGCUGCGAUUUGUAACAUAACCGAUCAAAUAACUUACAAAAACUUCCCCGUUUUUUCGGGCAAUCUGUCGUUUAUUGUAAGUAUUUUUCGCGGCAUUUUCAUAGACGAGUAGUCCCGUGUGAGGGGGUGGCGUGGGUAAAGGAACACGCAUGAACGUAGUACUAUUACAUUACACUAAUAUCAUAUCGUUGUGCACUAACUUCAGUGCAUGAUUAUAUACGGAGUGGAAUCAUAGUAUGACCACUAAAUGUCUCAGAUAUCGUACAACUAAGGAGUAGAAAGCUGUCUUGAUUUCUCUUGAGUAAAAUGCACUGUUGUAGAUUUUGUAAAGAACGAUUGUUACAUGAAACGCCAUAGCGUGAGUAAUAGCAUUAGAAUGAGCAAUUCUUCAUGGGCUUUACCUUUGACAGAUAAGCUGUAUAAAGGUGUUACAGAGACUAGUUAAAUAGAAACAUUAAUUCUAACAACUACCUGUUAAGAAUUUUAAGCAGAUGUCUCUCGGUGAUGAAACGAACAAUGAAAUCUCUUCUGUCUGAGUUAAAUAUAAGUAAUAGAAAUGAAAUGGAAAUGCGAUAGAAUGGAUCAAAUAUAAUUUAAGGCGGUUCCGCAUUAAUAUCCACAUGUGGCUGCAGUGACUUCAAAGUUAACAGUUGACACUUAACGAACGUAAAAUCCACAUGGAGUAUAUAUAUCGUGGAAAAUCUUUCAUUUACUAAAAACAUUUGUCCCGUUUUAAUCAUCCCCAUAAACUGCUACGAUUUUAGGCUAGUUUUUAUUUCGCCCAUAAAGAAGUUAAUUAGGAAAAUCUUAUUUGGAAAUACGCUUAGCAACAUAUUGCUGUUAAAUUCUGCAACAGUGAAGAGUUUGAGAGACCUUUGUAAUACAGGCGCUUUGAUCUGUGACACUAAGCUACUGUAAUUAUGUACACAGUCGAAAAGUCUCUAUUUUAGAUUAGAAGUAUUUUGUAUGUUUACAAAUGUUACUAUAUAAUUAUGCGCUUUUUGUGUUCUUAUUGAUUUAUUUAUCGGUGGACGUCACCGCAGAUGAUUGACCGGAUCAUCGAUACAAUAUCUGAUCGAUAAUAUACCCUAUAGUAAUAAAGACAUACGUUUAUAAUCCAA